AUGGCCGAGCAGACUGCAAUGAGCGAAAACAAGACUCGCAUGCUGCGUGGCGACUACUACUAUGCCUUCACACCUGAACUAGUGAAAGACAGACGCCGAUGUGGACGUGCCAUAUCUCGCUACAACAAUGCAGACUCAGAGACAUUGACAAGAAGACGGCAAGUCGAGAUGUGGAGAGGCAUCAUUGGCGACAAAACUCCUCUGCCACCACCAGCAGACAACGAGGAAGCCGACGAGAACCUCUUCGCCGAGGAUGCUUGGGUCGAGCCUCCCAUUCACAUCGACUAUGGUACGAACGUCGAGGUGGGUGACAAUGUCUUUAUCAACUUCAACUGCACUAUUCUCGACACUUGCAAAGUCAAGAUUGGUGCAAGAACCUUGAUAGGCAGCAGCGUCUCGCUGUAUGCUGGCGGUCAUCCCCUAGAUCCUGGAGUUCGCAACGGUACCAAGGGACCAGAGUUUGGAGGCGAGAUUGUCAUCGAGGAGGAUUGCUGGUUGGGUGGGAGCGUCAUCGUUCUGCCCAAUGUGACGAUCGGGAAGGGCAGCACCGUGGGCGCCGGAAGUGUGGUCACUAAGGACGUGCCACCCUACUCAGUGGUCGUUGGUAAUCCAGCCAGGGUGAUCAAGCAGGCACCAAGAGAUACGAAGCUGGAUGUAACAAGUGGAGCUCUUGCGGCUCUGCAGAGAGACGAGGCCAAGUCAGAGGAUUAG